AUGCGCCGUACGUCUGUCUCGCUGCCGACGGACAAGAUCGCUUUCGACCCGCACGAGAAACCCGCCCGGUACGGCUCGCACGCUCCCAAAUCCACCAAGCUGGAGCGCUUUACCGCCUGGAUGUCGCAGGCCAAGCAGACGCGCUGGAUCAAGGCUGCUGCCGUCCUGUCGGCCGUCUUUUUCCUCUUCUACUACUUCUCCCCACAGGGCGUUGAUCUAUACCGUGGAGCAUCUUCGCCUAGCGAUGGACAGGUUCCUUCAGACAGCACUUACGGCACCAGCCGGUGUACGCGCUCGAGCUCCCACGAGAAGCCCAUCGUGCAGUAUGUCAUGAUGAUCGAUGCCGGCAGCACGGGUUCCCGUAUCCACAUCUACAAGUUCAACAACUGCGGUGCCACCCCGGAGCUCGAAAGCGAGGUCUUCAAGCAGACCAAGAAGAUUGAUGGCCAGAGCAGUGGUCUCAGUGCCUACCCCGAUGACCCAGAGGGUGCUGCCCACAGUCUGGACUCGCUGAUGGAGGAGGCCCUGAGUGUAGUGCCCGACAAGCUCAAGGCCUGCAGCCCCAUUGCUGUCAAGGCCACGGCUGGCCUUCGUCUGCUUGGUCCUGAGAAGAGCCAGCGCAUCCUCGACGCCGUACGGAAGCACCUCGAGCAGGACUACCCUUUCCCGGUCCUGGCGGCCGAAGAGGGUGGCGUGGCCAUCAUGGACGGCUCAGACGAGGGCGUGUACGCCUGGAUCACGACGAACUACCUGCUGGGCAACAUCGGCAUGCCGGAGCAUGAAGAGACGGCGGCCGUCUUUGACCUCGGCGGCGGCUCUACCCAGAUCGUGUUCGAGCCGAACUACAAGGGCCUCACCCAGGGUGGCAUUCCCACCACGAUGGCCGAGGGAGACCACAAGUACGACCUAGACUUUGGUGGCCGCCACUUCACCCUCUACCAGCACUCCCACCUGGGCUACGGCUUGAUGAGCGCUCGGGAGGCCAUUCUCAAGGAGCUUGUGGACGACCUGCUGGCGGCCAACAAGGACGCCACGACUACCGCUUGGGCUAAGGCCCCUGUGGUGAACCCGUGCUUCGCCGUGGGCAUGCAAAAGACGGUCAAGGUGAAACUGGGCGACGACCACCCGCUGGGCGCCCAGGCCGAGUUCAACAUGACGGGUCCUACCAAGGCAGCACCGGCGCAGUGCCGCAACCUGGCAGAGCGGAUUUUGCGCAAGGAGGCCGAGUGCAAGCUGGCACCCUGCUCGUUUAACGGCGUGCACCAGCCAUCAAUUGCCAAGACGUUUUCCAAGGAGGCCGUGUACUUCCUGUCGUACUUCUUCGACCGCACGCAGCCGCUUGGAAUGCCGGAGUCGUUUACGCUGCGGGAGAUGCACGAGCUGGCAAACACCGUGUGCAGUGGGCCGGCUGCCUGGGACGUGUUCUCGGCCGUCCCGGGCGCGCUGGAGGAGCUGGACGGCCGUCCGGAACACUGCAUGGAUCUCAACUUCAUGCUGGCCCUGGUGCACACUGGUUACGAGAUGCCGAUUGAUCGUGAGGUGCGCAUUGCCAAGAAGAUUAAGGACAACGAGCUCGGUUGGUGCCUGGGUGCAAGCCUGCCGCUGCUGUCCAAGGGAUCGGGCUGGGCCUGCAAGGUCACCGAGGUUCACCGCUGA